CUCUCUCUGAAUCAAACAAAUGAAUGAAAAGAAAGUAAGGAAAGAAGGAGCGGGAGGCGGCAGACACUCAGCCCAGUAGAAUCCAGCAAGACAAUCAUAGCCAUCGUCAUCAACAUCAACAUCAACAUCAACAUCAGGGAGUGCUGCGGCGAGAGAUAUGCCACCCGAACAGACUGUGUCGGAAGGAGGCUACCUGAAGGACAGCGAUAUACCGAUGCACCUGAAGAAACGCAACUUUGUCAUCUUCAUGCUCUUCCUGGGCAUGGCCAAUGCGUAUGUGAUGCGCACCAACAUGUCCGUGGCGAUUGUGGCAAUGGUCAAUCAUUCGGCCAUUGGGAGCGAUCAUCAUCACAGCCAGGGCGGAGAGUUUGGGUGGAGCUACAAGACGCAGGGCUACAUCCUGUCCAGCUUCUUCUACGGCUACGUUCUCACCCAGAUACCCUUUGGCUUUCUCAUCAAGUACUACGGCGCCAAGCAGUUUCUCGGCUGGGGCAUGAUGCUCAAUUCGGUGGCAGCCUUCGUGGUGCCUGUCUCGGCCCGCGAAGGUGGCCCCGUGCCCCUCGGCAUUGUGCGCUUCAUCCAGGGCCUGGGCGAGGGACCCAUUGUGCCGUGCACCCACUCCAUGCUGGCCCUCUGGAUACCGCCCGACGAGCGCUCACGGGCAGGUGCCGCCGUCUAUGCGGGCGCCCAGUUUGGGACCAUCGUCUCGAUGCCGCUGAGCGGUCUGCUGGCCGAGUAUGGCUUCGACGGCGGCUGGCCCUCGAUCUUCUACGUCUUUGGCAUCCUCACCACCGUCUGGUGUGUGCUCUUCCUCUGGCUGGUGCACGAGAGUCCGAAGUCGUGCAAGGGGAUCAGCCAGACGGAGUGCAAGUACAUCGAUGACAGCAUCUGGGAGGCCCAGCCAGAGGACACUGGUCGCACCCCGUUCCUGGCCUUCGCCAGGUCGCGCUUCUUCUGGGCCAUCAUGGUGGCCCAUGCCGGGCAGAACUAUGGCUACGAGACACUGAUGACCAUGCUCCCGACCUACAUGGACCGCAUCCUCGGCCUCUUUGCCAGCAGUUCCAUCUGA